AUGAUGGACAGAAGGAGGAAAGUUAAAAGAAACAGGUUGGUGAAUAAUGAAGGAAAAAUAAUAGUUGGACAAGAUGAGCUUAAAGAAACAUGGAAAACAUACAUAAAACAACUCUUUUAUCACAACCAGCCAGAACUUCCUCAAAUAUAUUGCAAAACAGGACCUAGAAUUCUGCUGGAAGAAAAAGAUAGUAAAUCACCUGGUCCCAACAAUGUGAAUUCCGAAAUUCUCAAGCUGCUCUGUGAGGAUAAUUUAAAAUGGUUGACCACAAUAGUCAUUGACAUCUACAACUCUGGUAACAUUCCAUGGGCAUGGCUUAAAUUCAAAUUUAUUACAUCGCCCAAAAAGCCCGGAGCUAAGACUUGUGGUGAAUACAGCACCAUCAGCCUCAUGAGUCACCUGCUAAAGAUCUUUCUGAGGGUCAUUCACCAAAGAAUUUACAAGAUCUGUGAAGAACAAAUUUCACUAUUUGGUUUCAGAAAUGCAUUUGGCAUGUGCGAAGCAUUUUUUAGUAUCCAGAAGGCUUUUGAUAGAGUAAAACACCAGAAGAUUGUUGACAUUUUAAGAAACAUUGGUUUGGAUGAUAAAGACCAACAUAUAAUUGUGAACCUAUAUUGGAACCAGUCGGUUUCUGAAGCUGUUGAUGAAGUAGAGAUGGGAGUGCUUUUAAAUGGAAAAUAUACAAACAGCAUCCUGUAUGCUGACGACAGAGUAAUAUUUUCUGAUUGUGAAGACAGUUUGCACUACCUUGUUGAUAGACUUGCACAAAAAAGCUCUGAAUGUGUUCUAGAUGUCAACCCCCAAAAAAUGAAAACAAUGAUAAUCAGUGAAAACAGAGUACUUGUUUGUCACAUUAAGAUAGGCCAAAAUCACUUAGAGCAAGUGCAUAAAUACACGUACCUUGGCACUACAAUAAAUGGCCAGUGGGAUCUUUCUGAUGAGGUGGGAACUCGAAUUGGAAAAGACAAGGCUGUCUUCAAUAAUAUGGGUAACCUUUUCAAGAAUCACGACUUAGCAAUGACGACGAAAAUCACACUUCUACGCUGCUACAAUAAAGAAAGAGAAAGAAGUACUGGCCAACCUGAAAGCAAGAAAGAUCCAGUACCUGGGACACAUCAUGCAGAACAACAACAGAUACCAUCUCCUCCAGACCAUCCUGUAAGGAAAAAUACCAGGGAAGAAAGUGCUGGCUUAAGAACAUGA